AUGAAAUUAACCAACAAAUUUCCAGUAUGGUUCCAAAACCGACGGGCGAAAUGGAGGAAAACGGAGAAAUGUUGGGGUAGGAGUACAAUCAUGGCCGAGUACGGACUCUAUGGUGCAAUGGUGCGGCAUUCGCUUCCUCUUCCUGAGACGAUCCUCAAGAGCGCCAAGGAAAACGAAAGCGUCGCUCCCUGGCUGUUAGGAAUGCAUCGAAAGUCCCUCGAAGCAGCCGAACACUUAAAAGAAGACAACAAUAACAGCGAUCACGAAGAAACCACAUCUAUGCGUACCGAAAACAGCGACACAAGUGCCACCUCGAGCCAACCCCCGAUCUCCCAACCGAACCACGUGACUACAGGUAGUAGUGGGGAGAAGGAAACGUCACCGCCGUCAUACCCGGAAGAUCCCGAAGCGUUCCGGAACAACUCGAUCGCCUGCUUGCGCGCUAAAGCGCAAGAGCACAGCGCCAAGUUGAUGAAUCACAAUCUCAUGAUGCAGAUCAGGCCUGGCCCGACGACGAAUUGUGAUGCGAACGCUAAUAAUCUCCAGGUAGGGAGCCAGGGGGAGGCUCAUGGGGUUUUCUGA